CCUCAGAGCCACAGUCCCAUAAUCAACACCGCACAGACAGCUCGCGCGGGGCCGUGCACGCGCUAGACAUUGAUAAGAAAACUGCAAGACCAAGAGUUUUAAUUUAACUUCCAUUAAUGUCGCUUUCAUUAGGGGCAAUGCGAAGACGAAGGGACCCUCGUGAAUUACACAUGGAACAGCUUGGAUUUGAAAGCCUUUUUUAUAUAUAACUUUUUUAAUAACCUACUUAAUCAACGGUGUUAAUUGUGGUAAUUUUAAACCAAACAAAGGGGCCGCACGCGCACCACUUUAAAUACGUUUUUUUUAUUAAUAAAAAGUCCUGUCUGACUGCUAUUUUUUUAAUAAUUGAAUUACUUUUUUUAUUGCCAUGACUGAACAGAUAUUUUAGAUGACAGUUUUCUCAGAUAAUAAUAAGAGGCGUCGUUAUUGGAAUGGAGCAUGUAAAUGAAUGAUUAAAUAUAACCGCCAGCUGAGGAAUCCGGGAUUUUGGUGUUUCGCCUGGAAAAAAAACCCCUCUUCACUUUAAUCCGCAAACUGCAUUUCAAAGGACUUCAAAUGGGCCACUUGCUCCUCAGAAAAGAGACUCAUUCUGCCGUGGAGGGCAAUUUGAAUGUUUGCGCACUGAGAGGAAUGUCGAGCCUGCAGAGCCGCUGAGGGACUUAAACUGCUGCUUAAUUAACCCGAUAUUUGCUUACGAGUCAGAGCCCAGUGCUGAGCGUCUCGUGAGCGUCUCUCUAAAUGCGCGCUGUCCCGUGGAGCCCCGCAGCGGCACGGCAGCAAGAUGAGAUCGCGGAUCCCGCUACUUCUCGCGGUACUUGCGGCGGCGUGUCUGCGGUUUGGCAGUGCGGAGGCCGAUCCUCUCCCGGCUGCUGUGGUUGAGUUGGUGAAGGGUGGAUCUGUGUCUUCUAUUCAGGACUUGCAGUUUCUACUGUUUUCUGAAUCCAUAGAGGUUGAGCCAGACAGUCACCAUGAAAACGACACCAGCAACCGUCUGCCACGCAGUCUUCUGGAUGCUCAGCCCGCUCAGCAAGCCAUCUGUAAGGUCAGGACCGAGGUCAUCGAGGUCACACGCUCCAUGUUGGACCGUAGCAAUGCAAAUUUCCUGUUGUGGCCUCCGUGCGUGGAGGUGCAGAGAUGCUCGGGCUGCUGUAACACCAAGAGCCUGCAAUGUGUUCCUGUACUUACACACACACGAUACCUACAGGUGAUGAAGAUACAGUACGUGAACAAGCGGCCGCUCUACGAUAAGGCCGUCGUCUCCGUCCUCGACCAUGUAGAGUGCCGCUGUCAGCCGGCUCCUCGGCCUGCCCAGCGCCGGAAAUCAUCCGGCCAAAAACAGGACGCACGGGAACGUUUGGGAAAAACUCGACCCAAAGACGAGCUCCAUCGCAGUGAUGAACUCAAACAUAACCAGAGGUUAAGCCUGGAGGACCUGCUAAGCCACAGUUGGCUCCCUAAAGAGAGAUUCUCUGAAUCAGGAGCAUCAGACACUUUCCAUUUCGGCCGUGACGGCUGGGCUCGGAACGAGACGCAGUACGGAGGGGGUAAAAGUAAUCACCGUCACCCUGCGGACGGAAGGAGACACGGCAACACGAACGGCACAUCAUCAGCACAGGGAACAACGGCUCCACUGCCCAAUCAUACCGAGCAGGAAGAAACUGAUUCGUCACAGCACAACACUACGCAAUUUGAAUCACAGCGUCAUGCCAACCAAAGUACAACCAAUCAGACAUCUGAAUAUAACAUGGGGCCAUUAGAAUUAACCAAUCAGACUUUUAAUCACCAGUCAAACCUCACGCAAGAAAUAGAACAAUUGCGAACAACCAAUCAGACAGAACAACUUGCUUUCAGUGCCACAGGAACAGCCAGUCAGAAUUUGGGAGAUGUAAAGGAGAAUGGUCCGAAUGUGAGAGGUGAGACGACAGACGUAGAGGCGAAGGAGGUGGAGCGAGAGCAGAGACAAAUGGACAGAAAGGCCAAGGAGGAGGAGCACAAACUCCUAGAUGAGCAGAAACAUAAACAUCACCUCAAAGUACAGCAGACGAAUAUACAGCCGGACGAGAAACUACAGCAACUGCAUCAUAAACAACAACACACUCAUACAACUACACAGCGGACAGGAACCAUAUCCCCUCCUCUGCAACAUCUCCCUCCACACAAACCUCACAGGCCACCUCCUCACCCCCCGAAAAGGAGGAGAAAGCAACGUAAUCGUAUCAGCAAAUCUGCCAUGAGAGCUCUUCUCAUGUAACACAAAUAUACAGAUAGAUGGAUGCAAUUUCACCCAAUAAAAUUCUUAUUUAUGUGUGUCCCGGGACAUUAAGAGUUGCGGCACUAAUCACCUCUCUCAACCUGGUGUUGAGAGAAGGACUCUGCUCAAAGUCAUGAGGAAAGGGACAAUCCUGACACAAAGGAGGCUCGCAGGAUUGUUGUAGCUCCAAAAAUUCUAGAAGUGGGACUCGAGAACUGUGUAAACCAGGAAGUUCAGAACCUCAGAAGCAUGAAACAUCUUUUGAACAUUGGUGAGAAACUGAUUAAUAGUAUGACACUGGGUCAAUAUGCAGUGGUAAACAGCCUGUUCAACACAUAACUAGUAGAAGGUGGAAGAGAAUGGCUUGAAACACUAUAUUUCCCAUGAUCACUUAUACCUUAAGAGACCUGUGCUACAUAUCACCUUUCUUUUUGAAUCAAAGCCCAAAAAAAAAAGUGGUUGCCAUUUUCUGCCAUGCUGUGGAAUCAGUGCUGAAAUCGAGUCUUGGAUGAAGCAGCUGAUCAACGAAUCAUAGUUUCUUUUUUCCACUGUCCAGUAUUAUCAAUAAAAAAAUCGAAUAAAAAAAGCACAUUUUUUCCAGGGAUGCACACAAAGCAUGUUAUAGUAUGCCAUAUUUCAAACUAAGUGCUUUUACCUAAAACAUGCAGAGACAACUUUGUAUUUUAAUAUAUUACCAGUCAAGUUGUUUGCAGUAUCAUUUGUUAUUAUUUAAGCGAUGAAAAUAACACUGGAAAUUCACACACGAUAGAGCAAGGGAAUGCAUUUCUGUCUCAAUUAAUUCCUCAUACCUCUAAGAGUGUAAAGGUGCUACAUUAUAACACAAAGCAGUUAGAGUUUUAUUCAUUAAUAUUAUUUAUUCUUUUUGUAAAUCUGUUCUGUUCACAGCAGGCCCAGUGUUUCAUAGUCUUACAAAACCAGAAACCCAAAAUGUGGAUUAUUUUUUAGUAUGUUCAUGUACAGAUGGUCUGUUUUGGAUAUUUACUAAACCUUUGCAGAUUGUGCAGAAUUUGCACUCUUUUUAUAUUAAGAAUAAAAUUUUAACACUAACCAUUAAAGUGUAAGCCAUGGUCUCA